AUGUGUCGUGACGGACUCGACGUCAGGGACACCCUGGGUCGCACCCCUCUCCACCAUGCUGCUGAGAACGGACACCUGCUCGUGGCGCUGAUGUUGAUCGUGGCCGGCGCCGACCCCUACACCCGGGACCUUCGCCGUGUAUCACCACAACACCUGCUCAGCCGAUACCAUGAUCUCUUUCUGGAGGAGGAGGUUAAUGAUGAUAUGCCGAUGGAGUAG